AUGGAAACAGUCGUCACACCUCCACAACAACCGCGCAAGAAAAAUUGGUUGUGUAUAUUCCCAGGGUGUACACAGUGCGCCGCAACACAUUACAAUGUUUAUAGUCAUGUCUGGGACUCUCAUUUAAGACAUUUGACACUCUCUCCGUUAUUCAGUGGGUGUAAAGGUGUCGUUUAUAAGAAAUUGAAAGACCGCAGUGAGGUGAAACGGAUGUGCGAAGUGUAUAUGAUCGAAGUGAACACAGAUCAAGAUGUCGAGGCACAGCGAGCAUCGGCUCGGCUCAAAAUGGGCAACCCUCAACUUUCAGUUUUAGUCAAUUCGCAAAACUCCUUUGAGUCGGACAGUUUGAACGACCAAAAUACGUCAAGCGGACAAAAUACCCAAAACAUGUCAAUACCACAAAACCCGCCAAACAUGCAGAUCCAACUUCAACAAGUUGCCCAGCCUCAAGAAAUGCCUCAACAGCUAUCGCAGUUGCAAAAAACUCAACAAAUGCAACCGCCACCACAAGCUUCACAACUCCCCUUUCAGCAAACAAAUCCACUCGGCUACAUGUGGGACUGUGUAACUCAUUACAAUGAGCCGGAACCCAUUCAACAAGUGGUGAUGCCACAAGAUGACUUCAUGCGUGUUGUUCAGAUAACAAGUAAUUUAAAACGGUUGCACGUCGCUGGGGAGAUAUUGGCGGAGAACGGAUUUCUUCAAAGAUCCGAUGCGAGGGUAAAAGAACACAUUGAACCGCUUAAAGGGUGCCUCGACUCGAUUUUAACAAUGACAGGAAGGUCGUUCACAUACAAAGGAAAAGAGGAGAAAAAGCUUGGUUUCAUUGCGCAAGAGAUGCAAGAGGUUCUUCCCGAGUUGGUGCAUGAGGACGAAGAAGGACUCUCUGUCGAUGUCAUUGGGAUUAUACCUGUAUUAGUCGAAGCCCUCAAAGAAAUUCACACGGCUUCAGAUUUCACUGUUGAAGACACCAACUCGCGAUUCAAAGAGUUAUCGAAGGCGGCAGAUGAGGCACUUUCUAUGAUCAAAAAUGUGACAACGCGUGUUGAACAAUGUGAAGAACAAAAGAAACACCUUGGGGUGUUUGCAAUUGAAGAAGAGGCCGUUGUCAAGUUUUCUUCUGGACCCGUUUUACUCACAUUGGUAUUGUCACUUCUGUUUUCUGGUAUUUCGUGUGGUGUCAUCUUCGCGAUACCCAAAAUGCCAGUGAUGUGGUUAUAUUGCUGGGGAAUGUCUGUUGUGUUGUGGGUGUGUUGUUGGAGGCAAAGGGGUGAGCUCACGCGUAUUGUGAAAAAUCGGAAAAUCGAGUUUUACUGGUUUCACGAACACAGUGUUUUUUACUACAUUUCGGCAGUUAUUUUAGUCCUAUUUUUAGCGGUGAGUCUUGUGAUGGGUACUUCGAUCAUAACAUUUACUGCAGUGAGUGUCGGUGUGUUACUUGUUAUGACUGCGGCCACCAUCUGGUUCUUCCAGAAAUACAAAAUCAAAUUUGCAAUCGUUUUCUCGUUGUUUUGUGUUGUGUUGGUGACGGUAUCUGCCUGUGCUGUUGUUCUAUUCUUGGUACAACCGGAUUACACGUGUAACAUCAACGACAACAGUCGCGAGUAUACAAUCACCGUCGACUUAAACGUGAAAACAGCGAAACAAGUGGUGACCACUUUACCAUGGAAUUGUUGGUCGAGUUCUUUUGUGUUUUCAGAUGACUUGCCAAAUGGGUUUGUGUCAAUAAUUCCCACAGACGGAACACCUCCUUACUUCGAAGGAGUUGCCACAAAUCAGUUCCCAACAACAACAGUGAAAGUUUUUAUCAAAUGUGUUGAUGUGGUGAAGUUUUAUUGUGGCGCAGUUACUCUUAAGACUUGUUCCUCUCGCACUGAUGAAGUUGAUUGUACGGGUAAUGCGUGUACGUGGAGUGUUGAAGAUCAGACUUGCAGUUGA